UAUGCUUCCUCAGAAGGCUCCUGGGUGCUUGAAGAACGUGCUGAAGAUUAUUUAGAAGAGAAUACAUCAAGGAUCUAUUUAUUGAGUUCUUCUAGAACAAAAGCCAGGAGAUCUCUAAUGUAACAACAUUAGUCUUUAUUUUGAGGUGACAAUAUAUAGAUUUUUUUAAACUGUCAUAAAACAGAUAGCUUAGUCCAAAAACUCCAUUCUGGAAGAUGUCCCUGAACAACACUUCCAGUGUGUUCCUGGAUUCAGUCCCCAGUAACACCAAUCGCUUUCAAGUUCAUGUCAUAAAUGAGGGCCACAAGAGCAGUGCAGUCACGGAUGACAACGUGGACCCUCCACAUUAUGAGGAAACCUCUUUUGGGGAUGAAGCCCAGAACAGACUCAGAAUCAGCUUUAGGCCUGGGAAUCGGGAGUGCUAUGACAAUUUCCUCCAAAAUGGAGAAACUGCUAAAACAGAGGCCAGUUUCCAUACCUAUGAUUCUCACACAAACACAUACUACCUACAAACCUUUGGCCACAACACCGUGGACGCGGUGCCCAAGAUCGAGUACUACCGCAACACCGGCAGCGUCAGCGGGCCCAAGGCCAACAGACCCAGCCUGCUGGAGAUCCACGAGCAGCUUGCCAAGAAUGUGACCGGGGCCCCAGGUGCAGCUGACAGGGUCGCUAAUGGUGACGGGAUGACUGGAGAUGAGCAACCUGAAAACAAGGAAGAAGAAGAUAAAGCUGGUGCUGUGAAGUUUGGAUGGGUGAAAGGUGUGCUGGUAAGAUGCAUGCUGAAUAUCUGGGGUGUCAUGCUCUUCAUUCGCCUCUCCUGGAUUGUUGGAGAAGCUGGAAUUGGUCUUGGUGUGAUUAUCAUCGGCUUAGCCGUGACAGUGACUGGUAUCACUGGUUUAUCCACCUCUGCUAUUGCCACAAAUGGAUGUGUCAGAGGAGGUCUUGGAGUUCUCAUAAUUCUUCUUUCCACCAUGGUAACUUCUAUUACUGGGUUGUCAACUUCUGCAAUAGCGACUAACGGGUUUGUUCGUGGAGGUGGGGCCUACUACCUUAUUUCAAGAAGUUUAGGGCCUGAGUUUGGUGGCUCUAUAGGCUUGAUCUUUGCUUUUGCCAAUGCAGUGGCUGUUGCUAUGUAUGUGGUGGGAUUUGCUGAGACUGUGGUUGAUCUUCUUAAGGAGAGCGAUUCAAUGAUGGUGGAUCCUACCAAUGACAUCCGGAUAAUAGGCUCUAUUACAGUGGUGAUUCUUUUAGGAAUUUCUGUAGCUGGAAUGGAAUGGGAAGCAAAGGCUCAAGUGAUCCUUCUGAUCAUUCUUCUGAUUGCUAUUGCAAAUUUCUUCAUUGGAACUGUCAUUCCAUCCAACAAUGAGAAGAGGUCCCGAGGUUUCUUUAAUUACCAAGCAUCAAUAUUUGCAGAGAACUUUGGGCCAAGCUUCACAAAAGGUGAAGGCUUCUUCUCUGUCUUUGCCAUCUUUUUCCCAGCAGCUACUGGGAUUCUUGCUGGUGCCAACAUCUCAGGAGAUUUGGAGGAUCCCCAAGAUGCCAUCCCCAGAGGAACCAUGCUAGCUAUUUUCAUCACCACUGUUGCCUACAUAGGAGUUGCUAUUUGUGUAGGAGCCUGUGUGGUCCGAGAUGCCACUGGGAAUGUGAAUGACACCAUCAUCUCUGGAAUCCACUGCAAUGGUUCAGCAGCCUGUGGGCUGGGCUAUGACUUUUCAAGAUGUCGAUAUGAACCUUGUCAUUAUGGACUGAUGAACAAUUUUCAGGUCAUGAGCAUGGUGUCAGGGUUUGGCCCCCUCAUCACUGCUGGAAUCUUUUCUGCAACACUCUCCUCAGCCCUGGCUUCCCUUGUCAGCGCACCCAAAGUGUUCCAGGCUCUGUGCAAGGACAACAUUUACAAGGCCCUGCAGUUCUUUGCAAAGGGACAUGGGAAAAACAAUGAACCCCUGAGAGGAUAUUUUCUCACUUAUCUUAUUGCCAUGGCAUUCAUCCUUAUUGCGGAACUGAACACCAUUGCUCCCAUCAUUUCCAACUUUUUCUUGGCCUCAUAUGCACUUAUUAAUUUCUCCUGCUUCCAUGCCUCUUAUGCCAAAUCUCCAGGAUGGAGACCUGCAUAUAAAAUUUACAACAUGUGGGUGUCCCUCUUUGGAGCUGUUUUGUGCUGUGCAGUCAUGUUUGUCAUCAACUGGUGGGCAGCUGUCAUCACCUAUGUCAUUGAGUUCUUCCUCUAUAUCUAUGUAACUUAUAAGAAGCCAGAUGUGAACUGGGGCUCCUCCACACAGGCACUUUCCUACGUGAGCGCUUUAGAUAAUGCUCUGGAAUUAACAGCAGUGGAAGAUCAUGUGAAAAAUUUCAGGCCGCAGUGCAUUGUCUUAACAGGGGGACCCAUGACAAGACCUGCUUUGUUGGACAUAACUCAGGCCUUUACCAAGAACAGUGGACUUUGUAUCUGCUGUGAAGUCUUUGUGGGACCGCGCAAGCUGUGUGUUAAGGAGAUGAACAGUGGCAUGGUGAAAAAGCAGUCCUGGCUUAUAAAGAACAAGGUCAAAGCUUUUUAUGCUGCAGUGGCGGCAGACUGUUUCAGAGACGGUGUCCGAAGUCUCCUUCAGGCCUCAGGCUUAGGAAGAAUGAAACCAAACACUCUGGUGAUUGGACAUAAAAGAAACUGGAGGAAAGCUCCCUUAACAGAGAUUGAGAACUACGUGGGAAUCAUACAUGAUGCAUUUGAUUUUGAGAUUGGCGUGAUCAUAGUCAGAAUCAGCCAAGGGUUUGACAUCUCUCAGGUUCUCCAGGUGCAAGAUGAAUUAGAGAAAUUAGAACAGGAGAGACUGGCGUUGGAAGCCACUAUCAAAGACAAUGACUCUGAAGGAGGGAGUGGAGGCAUCCGAGGCUUGUUCAAAAAAGCUCGCAAGUUGAACAUUACUAAGCCAACUGCUAAGAAGGACAGCAGUGUUAACACAAUCCAGUCGAUGCAUGUCGGGGAGUUCAACCAGAAACUGGUGGAAGCCAGCAACCAAUUUAAAAAGAAGCAAGGAAAAGGCACGAUUGAUGUUUGGUGGUUAUUUGAUGAUGGAGGGUUAACACUCCUUAUCCCCUAUAUCUUGACUCUCAGAAAAAAAUGGAAAGACUGUAAAUUGAGAAUCUAUGUUGGAGGGAAGAUCAACCACAUUGAAGAAGAAAAAAUCGCAAUGGCUUCCCUUCUGAGCAAAUUUAGGAUAAAAUUUGCAGACAUCCAUAUCAUUGGUGACAUCAACAUUAAGCCAAACAAAGAGAGCUGGAAAGUCUUUGAAGAGAUGAUUGAACCAUAUCGUCUCCAUGAAAGCUGCAAAGAUUUAGCAACUGCUGAGAAAUUAAAGAGAGAAUCUCCGUGGAAAAUUACAGAUGCAGAGUUGGAAGCAGUCAAGGAAAAGAGCUACCGCCAAGUUCGACUGAAUGAACUCUUACAGGAACACUCAAGAGCUGCCAAUCUCAUUGUCCUGAGCCUUCCAGUGGCAAGAAAAGGAUCUAUAUCGGAUUUGUUGUAUAUGGCUUGGUUGGAAAUCCUCACGAAGAACCUCCCUCCUGUUUUGCUAGUUAGAGGAAAUCAUAAAAAUGUCCUGACAUUUUACUCGUAAGAUAUAAAAGAUUAGAGCACAUUUUAACUUAAUGUACUUUAUGUUGCAAAUCUGACCUACAGAUAUGUAAACCUCUGGAGACUAUCCUAAAACUUAUCACUGUAGUUUUUAAUUAGCUAAAGGCUAUAGCUAUUUUCCCCUCUAUCAGUUUAGGAGGUGUCAAAGCAGUGCUACCCCUAGAAAAACAUUGUUAUCACUACAAUUGAUAUAAACUAACUGCUGACUUACACUCAUGAAAACCACCAACUGUACUGUAAGCUCUUCCAGGCAAACAUAAUCUUUUGUUUCUAUGGUGUUUGCUUCUAGGCCUGGUAUAGGGCUGGGCCCCAUGGCAGAUUCUCAGUAGAUGGUUAUUGACAGGUUGAUAAAGUAACCACAGGGGUUUAUCAAAGGACAAGACCAACUUGGUAGGAAACAUGAUCCUUGGCCUCCUGAGAGGCUUAUACCUACAAAGCAGAUUUGAAAAUCAUCAACUGAAAACUGUAAGAAGUUCUUGAGUCUACAAAAUAUUUAAAGCUGUUACUUAAAUAGGGUUAUUUAAUGUAAAAAAUAUUGUAUACUUAGGGUGAGCUGCACAAUCAUUGAUAACAUACAGCUUUAAUUUGUUGCUGACUGAAAAGCAUAUGAGCUGGAUUAGAGGAAAACAUAUGUUCCAAUUAAAUGAAAUGUAUUCUACUUUAAUAUAUGAACACAAAUUGCCCUCUCUACUAAAAUAUUUUGAAAUUUCCAUCACAAUGUUACUUCAUAUACUUGUUCCUAAUUAAGUGGUUAGCACAGAUGAAAUCUUUAUAGACUUCUAAUUGAAAACCAAGUACCACAAAUUUUCAGACCAAUAUAAAGAAAUGUGUCAUGAAUCAUACAUUUAGUUACUUUACAUAGUGAUAAUAUGGAUCUAAAAGAAUAAUUAAAAUGUGAAGUAGAAAACUUGGAAUAUACAGAUACUGAUUUUUCUCAUUUUUGUUAGAUACCUAUAAAAUUUAAUCACAUGGAGAAACCAACAAAAAUUGUUUUUCUGACAAAUGGCUUGAUUUUUUUGCUGACAUAUUUUGACUGUUUAUUCUAACUGAUAAAAAAUAUGGAAAAAAUGAACCUGAAAUAAAAGCAUUCAAAUUCAUUUGCUUUGGCCUAGGCCAUGUUUUUACUUUUUAGUCCCUAAGAUCCUGGUGCAAUGAGGUAUUAAAUAUGAGCGUGAACAUCUCAAUCAGUUGCCUUGUCUGCAUGCAGGUCAUUUAAAACAGGGAUUCAAGAUUAGGGCUCUGAAGUCCCAGCCUUUCUGAAGUCUCAGCCUUUUAGCUCAGAAGGAUGACUAGGGAAGAAGAGGGAAACAACUGGCAAAGUAGAAGUAACAGUAUAUCCCUGUUCACCCAGGC